ACCACGUUUGGAAUGAAGGGUGGAUGAGGAGACCGGACCUACCGGCUGGCUAUGACGGUUGGCAAGUGCUUGAUGGAACUCCGCAAGGACUCAGUAUUCAGUCUCAGCUGUUCGAGGUGGGCCCCUUCCCUGUGCGUGGUGUGUUCGACGACAAGAUCGACAUGCCUUUCGAUGGCAACGUGGCACGUGCUGCCGUCAAGGCCACCUUUCGCUACUUCAUCGCUGACCCCAAUAACCCUUCCGGAUGGCGACUCGUCAAAGUGCAAGAAAACGAGUGCGGCAAGCUUAUCGUCACCGAGGCACUAGGAACAGGGAUGAUCGAAGACAUCACUUAUAACUACAAACGGCGACCCAUGCCCAUGGCACGCCACGCCAAGGAGGAACUGGUGAAAGUGAAGCUGCAGCACGAAAAGUCGGUGCCGCUGGGCCAGCCUAUCGCCGUCGCCUGCAUCGUCAUCAACAACCUGGAGAAGCCGUUCCAGGCCCAGCUCACUAUCACCAUCACAUCGGUGACGUACAACGACCGGUUCCCACGGACGAUCUCGACCGAGGUGCACAACGUCACCAUGCCGGCAGGUGCCGGUGACGCCGUGGGACGCAACGGAGAGGUCCACUACAACGUGUCCAUGAAAAACCCACUGGCGAUUCCACUCACGAGCUGCGAGCUUGCCGUGGAGCUUCCGGGCUCUACACGAUUCUUGAGACCCACUCCCGCUGGGUCGGUGGAGCCCUACGGCGUCUUCUUCAAGAGCGGCAGCAUAGUCCGCACGUCAGAGUACACGCACGAAUUCAACGCGGCCUUCCACUGCCGCGAGAUGCCCAUGAUGAGUGGCUCCCGCAGCCUAGAGGCGUCCUCGUGA